UAUAAAUAGUGGAUCGAUUCUUGGAAAACUCAUAGUCAAGUUCACUUCGACACAAGCUACAAUGGCAGCCAAGCUGAUCCUCGUCCUCUGUGUUCAGGCGCUCUUAGUGCAGACUGCUUUCAGUCAAUGCCUUGGCCGUGGAGCCAUUGCUGCCCCGGUUUUGGCAGCUCCCAGCUGGGCUGGCUGUGGUGGCAACAACUGGGCUGGCAAUGGCCUUAUUGGUAACGGCUACGCUGGCAAUGGAAUCAUCGGCAAUGGUUUGGCUGGACUCCAAAUCGCCCCCACCAGUGGCGGAGCUCUGCCUGUCUCUAGCUUGUCCUCCAUCGCUCCCACCGGUCUCGCCAUCAACUCAGACAAUGUGUAUGAGGGUGCUCUGUCCGUGGCUGGUGAGCUGCCGUUCAUAAGUGCUGUGGCUUUGGAGGGUGUCCUGCCAAGCGGUGGUGCUGGCGCCGUCAGCUACAGCUGCGGUAACGGUGUUACUGCUAUUGAGAGCAUCGCUCCUGCUGGUGCCUAUGGUGGUGCAGGUGCCUAUGGCGCUGCGUCUGCCUCAGGACUUGCUGGCUAUGGACUCGGCGCUGGUGCUAUCGGUCUUGCUGGCCGUGGUCUGGGCUAUGGAGCUCGUGGCUGUGGAUGUAGACAAUAUUAAAUUCAAUGAUGAUGAUGAUACCUACGAAUGACGACAAUGUUCUGCUUGAUGAAAUAAACUGAAA